CCCCCGGGUCUGGCUCUCCUCUCGGGGUCGGCAGCGCAGUUUCCCACGCGCCUGGCGCAGCAGCGCCGCUUCCCCGGCCAGCAUGGGGCUGCCUCGCAGGGCCGGGGACCCGAGGGAGCUGCGCAAGAGCCUGAAGCCGCUGCUGGAGAAGCGGCGCCGCGCGCGCAUCAACGAGAGCCUGAGGCAGCUCAAGGGGCUCAUCCUGCCGCUGCUGGGCCGGGAGAGCUCCGGUUGUUCGAAGCUGGAGAAGGCGGACAUCCUGGAAAUGACCGUGCGCUUCCUACAGGAGCUGCCUGCGUCCUCCGGCCUGGCGACAACCCCCACGCCCUCCGACAGCUACCGCGAGGGCUACGGCGCCUGCCUGGCGCGCCUGAGCCGCCUGCUGCCCGCCUGCCGCGUCCUGGAGCCCGCCCUGAGCGCUCGCCUGCUGGAGCACCUGCGGCGCAGGGCGGCCGGCGCCACCCCCGACGGCGGGCGCACCGAGGACUCCUGCCACCCACCCUCGCCCGCCCCGCCGGCCGCCCCCGUGCCCUCGCCGCCCGCGCCUCCCCGCGGCCCUGGCCUCUGGCGGCCCUGGUAGUCCCCGGCCGGUCCCGGACCCUGCUGACUGCCCCUGGGGACCGAGGAAGCUCUUGCUAACACCUGCUGUUCCCGCCACAAGGGGUCAGCCCAGCACCCCGAGCCAGGCCCGCAGCCCGGAUGUUUGUGAUCUGUGUGGCACCCUGAAGGCCAGGGGAACUCAGCUGGAAGACACGUCUGUCCCAGCGCUGGUGCCAACCCGUGGGCCAGGCCAGAGCUCGCCUGAGCCAGGUGCGGCAUCUGUUCUGACUGCCCUCCCAGCCCUUCUUGGGCCGGCCUCCUCACCAGCUCUGCUCGGGAACCUCUGGGCGGACAGAAGCCGUGACUCCAGGGGCUCUGCAGGCGGGGGCCAUCCCCUCCCCUCCUGGGCUUUCCUGUCCAAAGCCUCUAAUUAUAGAGACUGGUGGCAGCCAGUGUCUGUGCUGUUGGGGGGGAGGGGCUUCGCUAGGUGGGCUUGGGGAGGAUUCAUUUCCCCAACAUUACUUUAAUCUGGUUUAUGUGCCAGGUGUGAGGAAGUGGUGGGACACAAGUGAGGGUGCCCCGUGGCCUCAAGGGGGCCCGGCACAGAGACAGAUGGGCGGUGCGCAUGGGCCAUGUCACGGAGCAGCGGCAGUCCAAGGGAUGACGGCAGGUGAAGGACCAGAGAACGCCUCUCCUCGUUCUCUUGCCCGCUGCUCCUGGCUGCUCUUCAGGACGGGUAACUGAAACCAGCUUGUUCUUAGGACGUUUCUCUCUUCCCUGUGGAGGUCAGGAGAGCCUUCGAAGACUCAGGGAGGGGCCUGAGGGUCCCAGGGGUCGGGGCCCUGGACGAGGUGGGAGCCCCACUGUUGGUCACGUUCCCACCACUUCCUGAGGAUUCGCUGAGCAUCCUUGAGAAGGUGGGAGCCCGUCCUUCAGUGCCUAGUCCAACAGCCUGUGCUAGGGACCAGGGCACUAGGGGCAAGAAGAUUUG